GCUGAACAUACACUAGCAGGCUUUGAUAUUUUUGGAAAGUUUGCCCCCUCGCUUUUUUUGGGAGAAAGAUUUCAGAUCCCCUUUGGUCCCUGCAUUUCCAGAACCCGCCAAGCAAUUCUUCGCUGGCCGCCGAUCCCUGUGCAGUGACCUUGAUAGGAUCGAUAAAAGGACCCGAUAAGCGGCCUCCUGCCGGGUGUCCUCUUCCGGCCGCCACGAAUCAACAUCGGACCACUUUCUCUUGGGACUCUGACGUUUCAGGCCAGGUCUCGGGAUUCAACCAGACCGCAAUCGAGCUUCGGCCGCCCAGAAGACCGCCAAAGACGGUCCAAACGUUUACAGUACCACAACACAACGACCGUGGCCAAAAACAAGCCCGCGACUUCUCAAACGACCCGAGCGAGCGACCGCGACAACUGCGCCGCUCUCCUUCAGUGCGAUGAUGAAGUCGGCCAGUCGCCUCUUUUACCUGUCGGUGUUUGCCCUCUGGGGACCGCAGGUCUGGUGCCAUAACCCAGAAUCGGUCUCCUCGCCUUCUUCUCAAGAUGACUGCGCGAUCUCACCCAAGGCCAUCGUCGGCGACGCGUGCGCUUCCUACUCGACGCUCGAGCGCCUGAACCGCAACGUCAAGCCGGCCCUUGACGAGCUGACACGGACGACCGACUUCUUCUCACAUUACCGAGUCAACCUCUUCCACAAGAAAUGCCCGUUCUGGAACGACGAGAAUGGCAUGUGCGGCAACAUUGCCUGCGCCGUCGAGACGCUCGACAACGAGGAGGACAUCCCGCCGGUAUGGCGCGCCAGCGAGCUGGGCAAGCUGGAGGGCCCGCGCGCGAAGCACCCGGGAAAGAGCAUGCAGAAGGAAGAGCCGGUGAGGCCGCUCCAGGGCGGGCUGGGGGAGAACGUGGGGGAGACCUGCGUGGUCGAGUACGACGACGAGUGCGACGACCGGGACUACUGCGUGCCCGAAGACGAGAGCGCGACCUCCAAGGGCGACUACGUGAGCUUGCUGCGCAACCCGGAGCGCUUCACCGGCUACGCGGGCGACGGGGCCAAGCAGGUCUGGGACGCCAUCUACCGGGAGAACUGCUUCCAGCGGAGCUCGUUCCCACACUCGGCGGCGCUCGGUAAGGACACGUCUCCCAAGGGGCCCGCGGCCAUGGACUUCAAGGCCGUGCUCGAGGCCGCCGGCCGGCAGCAGGCCCUCGAGGAGCAGCGGCAGCACAAUCCGCUGACCCCCUUCGUGGCCAAGACCGGAUACGAGCACGAGGACGAGUGUCUCGAGAAGCGCGUCUUCUACCGGGUCAUCUCGGGCAUGCACGCCAGCAUCUCGACGCACCUGUGCUGGAACUUCCUCAACCAGACGACGGGACAGUGGCAGCCCAACCUCGGCUGCUACCUCAACCGCCUGCACAAGUUCCCGGACCGCAUCAGCAACCUCUACUUCAACUACGCGCUCCUCACCCGCGCCGUCGCCAAGCUGGGCCCGUACCUCUCGCAGCAGCAAGACUACACCUUCUGCCUGGGCGAUCCCGAGCAGGACGCCGUGACGCGCACCAAGGUGAUGGCGGUCACCGAGAGGGCGGCGAGCGUGCCGCAGACUCUGGACGAGAGCCUCAUGUUCAAGAACGGCGAGGGCCCCUCUCUCAAGGAGGACUUCCGCAACCGGUUCCGCAACGUCAGCCGGCUGAUGGACUGUGUGGGCUGCGACAAGUGCCGCCUCUGGGGCAAGCUGCAGACGGCCGGCUACGGCACCGCCCUCAAGGUGCUGUUCGAGUUCGACAACAACGACCCGCCGUCCGUGCCCGUCCUGAAGCGCACCGAACUGGUCGCCCUGUUCAACACGUACGCGCGGUUGAGCAACAGCUUGGAGGCCAUCCAGAAAUUCCGGAAGAUGGUAGAGCAGCCCGAGACCGAGACCGAGACCGAGACCGAGACGGAGGCCGAGGCGGCGGCGGCGGACAAGUUCGAGGAGCGGCUCAAGGAGGCCGCCAAGACCAGCGUCAUCCCCGACAGGGCGAAGAAGCCGCGACACGCCGUCGGCCCCCCCGAGUCGCCGCAUGCGGUGCCGUCGGGGCCCGUCAACGAGGCGCGCGACAAGGAUGACGAUUCGUCCGUUUACGAGAACCGGACCCUCAAGGAGGAGUUCGACGAUGAGCUGGAUAAGGUGAUCAGGACGCUAAAGUUUGUCCUCACCCGAUGGGUCACGUUCCCUGCGACACUGUGGCAUAUCGUCACAUGUGAGCUGAGGCGGUUGUGGCAGUCCUUUAUCGGUCUGCCCGUGUCCCCGAGGACGUGGACCUUUGAAGCGCCUCGGGUAGACGAGCUCUGAGGAUUAUCUGGUGUUCAUAUAUGUUUUUUUUUCUUUUCUGGGUGUUAUAGUUAUACAUAGCAUUGCAUCAGGUACCGCAUGCGUAGGGCUCGGACGGAGUUGGGCGUUCCGGACAAUCUGUUUGUUUUAUCGCCGCUGUCAGGUCAAACCUCGGGGUGCUCUUUUUGGGUGGUUGGGCAUGCCAGAGCCACAGCACUUCAGGAAAGCAUUUUCUUGCAGUUGUCGGCAUGGCGAUAAGGAAUGGGGUGGUGUAAAUAUAUUUCGAGUUGCCGUCUGCGAGCGGGACACCGGCGCAUCAAUCUACCGUACAUACAUACAU